AAAUAAAUAUUAUCUAUUUUAUUGAAUCUAUAUGAACUAAAAUACAGCAAUCAAUAUGUUGAUUAAAGUUAAGACACUCACAGGCAAAGAAAUAGAAAUUGACAUCGAGCCUACAGACAAGGUGGAGAGAAUCAAAGAGAGGGUGGAAGAAAAGGAGGGGAUCCCACCACAACAGCAAAGACUCAUUUACAGCGGAAAACAAAUGAAUGAUGAGAAGACUGCUGCUGACUACAAGAUCCAGGGAGGAUCUGUUCUGCAUUUAGUUCUGGCUCUCAGAGGAGGCCAAAGCCUGCACUAGCCCUGCAGUCACCCAGUGUCUUUCCUCUAAUCUGUUAAGAUUGUAAAUAGAAGAAAUCUGUGUUAUCAUGCACAUCAAAACAAACAGCAGGAUUCAGGCUCUGGUGUUUACAGCUAAAAGUGGACAUUUUGGGUUUUCAUAAAUCACAUCAUGUUAGAGUGAUCACAGUGAACAUAUGCAUCCUGCACACUGUUUACAACCUAAAUUUUAGAUCAUAUUAAAGUUUGUUUCUGCCCCUUUCAUUCUGCAGUAUAUGACGGUACAA